UUCAGUAUUACGUUGCUCGAGCUACAGCUAUUCAGUCACAGAGUUACAGUGAUAAAGUUGGGUCUUAUUUACAGCAUUUUCUGAGCAGUUGUUUUUCUCUGAGCGCAUACAAUAUGCUUCAACAUUUCUUUGGACUUGUUUAUCUCUUGGCAGUUUCACAGCUUGUGCUUUUCACAGGUACACAUGCUGCUGAAUGUCCUCUUCAGCUCAACCCACAGAGAGUUUUUGUGAGGUACGGCGGUUCUGUGUCAGUUAACUGUAGCACUUCUAUCCCGCAUGAUGGGAUGGGAUGGGAAGCCAGUGAGGGAGCAGUGCCCAUGAGCAGAGACAAUCUGAUCACAUGGAGAGUGUCAAACCUGAGAGAAUGGGACAUAGAACCAUUCUGCUACAUAAACCCUAAAGAUGGUGACCAGUGUGCAUCAUAUCUCUCAGUGACUAUUUACAAGACUCCAGACAGUGUGUCCAUCAGCCCUGUGAAUCACACCGGACCAAUGAUGGAGAGAAACCAGUAUGAGCUUCAGUGUGACGUUCUCAAUGUGGCUCCUGUUCAGAAUCUCACUGUCAAAUGGUACAAAGGACAGACUCUGGUGGAUCAAACCACCUUCACUGACACCAUCAAGACUCCAGUGAAUAAAACAGUCACAAUCAUGAUCCGUCCAGACAGAUCUGAUGAUGGAGUUCAGUACAGGUGUGAAGCAGAGCUGAAACUGGGAGAAGAAGGACCUCAACCUCCUCCUAAAGUCACAUCAAAACCUCUCAGUGUUGAAGUUUACUAUAAACCAAAACACUCCAAUUCAACAGAGACCAUCAAUAUAAGCAAAGAGGUUACACUAAACUGUACAGUAAAGGCAAACCCGGCUCCUACGUACACAUGGGACUCAGAACAUCUGAAAGAGAAGAUCACCUCCUCAGUGCUCACGUCCUCCAAACUCAGUCCAGGAAACUACAGGUGCAUCGCCACAAACUCUCAGGGAAGAGACAGCAAAGUGUUCAUCGUCAGAUCUACAGGUAGUCGUCCCACAUUCUGGACUGUUCUCAUUUUCUUCCAGUUGCUUUUUGCAUUAAUGAUUGUCAUUUAAGAGAGAAUUAAUUUGCCACAGAAUUGUUUUGUUUUUUCUCCAAAAUGUGACUAAUCUGCAUGGAGUCUAUAACAAUUCUGUAAAUUAAUGAUUUGAUAUAUAUGACCAGGGAAACUGUGAUUAUUGGACAUUAAAAAAUACCACAAUAAAA